AUGAAAUUGACCAAAGCUAUAAGAUUUGGACAUGGCACGAAGAACCUUGGGAAUGGACUACUAAUGCUAGUAGAAAUGUGGAAGAAGAUGAGCAAAGUAGGCGAUAUUGGAUUUGAUCCUUAUGAGUUUGCUAAUGUGAUUGGGGAUGGAGAUCAACCCUUGUACCCUGGUUGCAAAUUAUUGAUACUUCAAGGAGAUUUGCUUCCAGAAGGAAAUACACUACCUUCCUCUAUGUACGAGGCAAAAAAGACUUUGUCUGCUUUAGGGAUGAGUUAUGAGAAAAUCCACGCAUGCCCCAAUGAUUGCAUCUUGUAUAGGAAGGAUUAUGAAGAUUCAACUAAUUGUCCUACUUGUUGUAUCUCAAGGUGGAAGGAAGGCAAAGAUUCAAUCUUGAAAGAGGGUGUGCCAGCAAAGACAACUAAGAGUUUGACUUGGCAUGCUGCUAGAAAAUCAGUUGAAGGUCAUAUGUCACAUCCAGCAGAUUCCCCAUCUUGGAAACUUGUUGAUGAUAAAUGGCCCGAGUUUUGUAAGAGCCGAGAAACUUGA